AUGUCGGUCGUAAAUGAUGCAAUUGAGCAGUUAUUAUGUGUCUACCUCGGGCUUCUGGAUGAGAAAGAUCUUUCUAUGGAUAUUAUACGUGACUUUAGAGACUUAUAUCGUCUACCUUUGCGUUCAUAUCAUGAUAAAUGUGCCCUUUUACAAGCUGCUGAAGCUUCUGGUUGUUCUCCCGAAGCUUGCCCUUAUCAUUCAAUCAAUGGUCUUAUUAUCUAG